AUGGCAUACGAAAAUUGUGUAGUUUGUGGGAAAAGAUAAGAUGGUUUAUAGAAGUUGUUGCCUGAUUUUAGAUCAAGAUAUCCUAACAAAUACAUUCAUAAGAUGUGUCUACUUUUAUUUCGUUCUGAUUGGAAUCAUCGAGUUGCUGUGAAUGAAGGAUUAUAUUAUAGUGAUUACCGAAGACAUUGUUCAAUAUGUAAUAAACGAAGUAAGUAAUAAGUGGUGAGAUGUGCACAUAGGUAUAAACUUUAAUUAUGUAAUCCAGUUCAUGUAGAAAUAAAUUUCAUUUAGAGUGCUUAAAUAAUCCUGUAAUAUAAGUAAACAAAAAUUCAAGGAAUCAUUAUCCAAAAUUAGAUGUUUAUUGUCAUGAGCAUUCUCUUAAUUUAACUAAAACAAAUAAUUUGGAUGAGUAUGUUGAAUCUAUUUUUAAUGAACAUCUAUUAAAUUAGGAAUAAGAACCUGGCUAAAUUUAGAAGAGCAAACAUAAAAAAAAGCAUAAGAAGAAACAUUCUCGAUCAAGGUCGAGAUCUUAUAAGAAAACAAAAAGACGAUCCAGUAGUUAAUGUAGAUUUAGUGAUAGUCAAAGUUCAAAAUCAUCAAAAUCAUAACAUAAAAAUCAUUCUCUUCCUGAAAAAGGCAGUUUAUUAAUUAUACCAGAAAGCAAGAUUACUGAUUGUAUGAUAAGAGAAGUCAAAAUUUUAACAUAAGGUCCUAUAUUAGAAAAAGAGGAAUCAUAUAUUGAAUAUUUACCAAUUCCUUAACCUAUUCCUUAACCAAUUAUUUAAUAGAAGGAGGUUGAAAAAUAAAAAAUUUAUCCUUAAACAUAAAGACCAUUUAUUGAAGAUCCAGAAUUUCCAUAUACAGAAAGAGAAAAUAAGCGAGAUUAAUCUAUUUUUAAAUGGUGGGAAAAAAUUGAAGAAAUCUACUUUAAAGGAGAAGAGAAAUUAUUAAAUACAAAAGUUGAAGAAUUCUAGAAUCCUUUUGAAUGGUCUAAUUAAGGUAUAGAUGAAGAUUUACUUAAUUAUGCUGAUUAAAUGAAUAUUGGUAUUGAUACUUAUACUUAUUAUUAUUAUUAGAGCCAAUUAUAUAGUUGAGAUUUCAAUGUAGAGGAAGCAUAAAUGUUUUAAUAAGAUGUUCAAAAGCUCAGUAUUAGUACACUAAUUGUAAAAAUCUUUUAGUUUCAUUCGAUAUAGUUUUACUGAGCAUGUAGGCAAAGCAACACCAAAAGGACUAUUGAGGACUAACAUACAAUUGUAUAGAUAUUUAUAAGAAACAGUUGAUAUUCCUACAUAUUCUGAUAAAGAAAUAGUUGGCAAAGAUCUAAUUUAUUUAGAAGGUUGUGAAUUAACUAAAUAAGAAUAUUAGGAUUGUUUUGAAUUAGAAUAAAAAAUUAAAGAAGUUAAUUCUAAAUUGGAAUCUCAAUUAGAUAUUGAAAGUGAUACAAUCUAAUAAUUCGAUAUUGUUUAUCAUAUCUUGAAUAAAGAACUAAUCUCUAUUGUUUAAUAAAACAAUCAAUUUAGAGACUAAAUCAAUUCUUAGAUUAACGAUUACAAUUUUAAAAUACUAAAUACUUAAUAGCAAUUACUUAUAGAUUUAUUGAAGUGGUCUUAAAUAGUCAAAGCCUUUAUAAAUGGAUAUAAAGAUAAAAAUCAAGAUGUUUUAAAUUCUUUUUUUCCUUGCUAAUUAACAUUAACAUCCCAAUCAUCUUAAAAAGCUUAAUAAAAGAAAAAGAAAAUACAUUCUAAAGAAAAUACUUAACCUUUAGAUACUGAUUGCAAAAUCUGUUUUGAUUAUCAUUAUACAGAUUUCAAUCCAGUUAUCUAUUGUGGAAAAUGUUCAACUUCCUUUCAUAAGAAUUGUUAUGGUUUGACUGGAUCUCUAGAUGAAGAUGAUGUUAUUUGUGAUGCAUGUUCUUAUGAAUCUUCAAAAGUGUAUUAAUUCAGAAGAGGUAUAUCUAUUAUAAUUAUAAGGUGCUGCAAAAUGUAGAAUAUGCAAAAAAUUAGGAUUACCAUAAAAGUAUAUUAGAAACUAUUUUUAUCAUGUUUCUUGUUUACUUUUAACUAAUUAAGUUAUAUUAUCAGAUGGUGCUUAUGAUGUUAGAAAUAGAAAAAAUGAUAUUAAAUAAUUUUGCAAAGAUAAUGAAUCAAGUACUCCAUAAUGUGCUGUUUGCGGAGAUUCUAAAGGUUUAAAAUAUCAUUUCAAUUUCAGGAUUUCGGUUUUUAUGUUCUGGUGGUGAAACUAUACCAUGUAAACAUGCCUUUCAUCCCAUCUGUGCUUAUUUACAUGGUUUAACAAUUGACAUCGAAAGUGAGGAUCUUGAACAAUGUUGCAAAGAAUUAAGGUUUGCUUAAUUAAAUGUGCAUAUCAAAUGUGUCUUACAUUGUAAUAAAACAUUGUAAGAUCUCAUCUAGUAGACUUACUACAGGUAUUAUUUAUAAGUAUUAUUUUAUUAGAAGAUUUGCAUUGAAUUAUGAGUAAACUGCCAAAUGUGGAGGGGAAGAAGUAUUCAAAGAGGAAUUCAAAAAAACUAAAGGUUAUAGGUAAGGUAUUUAAGAAAACACUUAAGAUAUCUCUCGCUCAAGUUACCCAUAUCAAGAAAUGACAAUUUAUAAUAAUUUAUUAAUUAAAAUGGUACACCAACCCAACAGAUGUGA